AUGGCUGAGCACAAUGUGCCUUCAGCUACACCGGAAGAGAGAGCUUUGAGGCCAAGACUCAUUGUUCUGAGUGCCGAAAGCGAACUUGAUUGCAGAAACCUGGCUCAGAGGAUUGAAAAUCAUGUCAUUGAGCGGCGUGAACUGGUGCAUGCCGACGCUCUGCUCGAUGAAUUGUCUAGGAGACUGAGCCAAAUGCCUGUCUUCGAAUACCGAGUGGCAUUCUUGGCAUAUGCCUUGGACGAUUUGGUAGAACGGCUCCAGAAUUUGGAGCAAACACCCAUACUCCCACGAUGCAAAAAGAAUGGUGCUGGUUUAGCCUUCGUCUUCAGCGGCCAAGGUGGACAGCAUCCACAGAUGAGCCAGGAAUUGCUCGAUGUAUGCCCUGUGUACGCGAAGUCAAUUGCUCGUGCCUCCAAAUUCCUGAAGACAAUCGGCUGUCCGUGGGACAUGCUGACCGAAAUCACGAAGCACCCUGAGAUCUCCCAAAUCGACGAGCCAGAGUUCUCAUACCCCACAACUAUAGCGGUGCAAAUCGCCCUCGUUGACACCUUUGCCGAGCUCGGAUUACAUCCGGCGUUUGUUUUGGGACAUUCGAGUGGAGAGCUGGCAGCUGCGUACAGCGCAAAAGCAUUGUCGUUCGAGGAUGCGUUGACUGUAGCAUAUCAUACGGGCCGUUUGACUAGCGAGAUGAAGAGAAAAAGGAGAGAGCUCCCCAGUGGUAUGCUGGCGGUUGGGGCUUCCUUUGAUGUGGUCAAUACUCUGCUGCAAACAGCCACCAAAUCAGCCACGACUGGGAAGAUCAAAAUAGCUUGUAUCAACAGUCCCAAAAGUGUCACGGUCUCUGGCGACGAUACUGCGAUUCUAGACCUGCAGCGGAAACUGGAGGCCAGAGGAAUUUUCAACCAAAAUUUGCACACAGGCGGUGCUGCAUAUCAUUCGCAUCUAAUGACACAGAUCGCAACGGAGCUUUCACAAAAGUUGGAAGGCAUCAGGGGAGGUCAGACCGAUGCCUCUAUCACUAUGAUUUCCUCCUUGACUGGGGAAGAGACGGGAGAAACAAUGUUGGGAAAGGACUACUGGGUGGAGAACCUGAUCUCCCCUGUCCAAUUCAUGGAUGCAACCAAAACUCUGUGUCGAGAAAUUCCCGGUUCAGCUCGAAUUGAUAUGUUACUGGAGCUCGGGCCUCAUUCUCAGCUCGACAAACCCAUCAAACAGACACUCCAUCAACUUUUCGACGAAAGUGACCCUGAGAUAACAUGUACCGGAGUUUUAAAACGAGGAUUCGAUGCCGAGGCCUGUUUGCUCGACGCUUUGAGAAGUCUGUUUCUGGAGGGAGUUUCCGUUAGCCCCCAGCUGGCGAUUCCCGCAACCGAUGCGCGGCCCCUCCCAGCUCUACCCGACUACUUGUUCGAUGCCUCAAACACUUCUGCCCAGCAUGUGGGGAUCGCAGCAACUGACGAGGAGGUGAGCCGGGUUUCCCAAAAUUCAUGGAAGCCCGCGCGUUUACAACCUGACCGCAAAGGGCGGGUGAUGAGCCGUCUUCUGACGGGGCAAUUGAAGGGGCAAGCACCCAAAACCGACACUGAGAGGAUUCUUCACCGCAUCAUGUGCAAUGUCUUUGAUCUGAAUGACGAGGCGGUGGAUAUCGAAAGCAACUUUUUCAGUCUCGGCGGUGAUUCUGUUUUGGCAGUGGAGGUCUCUUCGGCGGCGAGGCAGGAAGGAUUGCUUCUUCCUGUGUCAGAAAUCCUUCGUCAUCCCAGACUAACCGACAUGUCACGGGUAGCCGAAGCGUUUGUCAACGAAGACGAUAUCACAAUCGACCCAUUUUCACUGGUUGAUGUCGACGCGUCGGAGCUUCUGGCAGAAAUUACUCGCGACUGGGCGGUGAAGGCAUCUGAAGUCGAAGACGUGUAUCCUUGCACGCCAUUGCAGGAAGGUCUUAUGGUCAUUACCCAGACCGCCCCUCGCACAUAUACCUACCAAAAUGUCUACAGGUUAUCGCCAACGGUCGACGUGGGGAGAUUUUGCAGGGCGUGGGAAAACACCGUGAAGAAUACCGCCAUUCUUCGGACGACCCUCAUUCCAACCCAAUCUGCAGGAACUUGUCAAGUUGUAACGACACGAGAAAUAGAGUGGCAAUUUCCAACUGAUCUUCAGAAAUAUCUCAGCUCCGACUUGGAGAAGGGUGUUGUGUAUGGAGGACCUCUUGCGAGGUAUGCUCUGUUCAAAGGCGCCGAUGGAGCGACGCGUUUCAUCUGGACGGCACACCACAGCUUGUAUGACGGGUGGUCUCGACCCUUAAUCUGGCAAACAGUUCAACGCCAUUAUGAUUCUGACGAUGACCUCGUUCUGGGCUCUCUGCCUGAUGUGCCUUUCAACCGCUUCAUUCGUCAUAUCCAGACCGCGGACGGAGUAUUGGUGGAUGAGUUUUGGAAGCAAAAGCUGUCAGGCUCUACGCCGUCAAGAUUUCCGCAAAAGUUCCCUAUGGACUCCCAGCCGCAGGUGAACGAGACUUUUGUUCGUCAAUGCCAAGCCUCCAGUCGAGAUGGAAGUGGAGUCACCCGCUCCACGCUAAUUCAGGCAGCCUGGGCGAUCUUGAUGAAUGAAUACCAUGAGGGCUGCAACGACGUCAUCUAUGGGUUAACAACAAGUGGAAGAAAUGCUAAUGUUCCCGGAAUUGGUGAGAUGAUGGCACCCACGAUCACUACCGUGCCGUUCCGCGUGCGGAUUGAUCCCGAUGAGUCUGUGGAUACAUUCCUUCAUAGAAUUCAGAUUCAGGCAAUCGAUAUGAUCCCGUUCGAACAGGCUGGAUUGCAAAACAUCUCCAAAAUCAACCAUGAAUGCCGCCUCGCGUGUGACUUCCAACAUCUUCUCGUUAUUCAACCAGAACAAAGAAACAGCAAUGAAGAGGUCCUGCCUGGAGUUGCAUCGAUGCAAGCUACUGAAAUUCAUGGCUAUCCAUUGACUGUGCAGUGCAUCAUCGGUGCCGAAAAUGUCAAAAUUCAAAUUGAAUUUGAUAAUUCUCUAAUCACCACAUUCCAGGUGGAGCACAUCUGCGCCCAGUUUGAAACUGUGUUGGCUCAGCUCUGUAAGGAUGGAUCGCGUUCAGUUGGAGAAAUCCACGCCAUCAGCGAGCUUGAUAUGAAGCAGCUUCUGGAUUGGAAUCGGGAGUUCCCUCGGGUAGAAACUCGAACCGUGACUGCCCUAGUCGAGGCUCAAGUGCGCGAACAGCCACAUGCCCCGGCAAUAUGUUCUUGGGAUGGGGAUUUCACAUACGAGGAGCUCGAUAAACUGUCGACCCGUCUCGCCCAUCACCUGAUCGGUUUAGGAAUCGGACCGGAAGACUUUGUGCCAUACUGCUUUCCCAAAUCGGCCAUGACCAUUGUCGCCAUGGUGGCAAUCAUGAAGGCUGGAGGUGCCGGUGUGCCUUUAGAUCCCGAGUAUCCUCCCGAGAGAACCAUGAGCAUUGUUUCCGAUGCAGGCGCAACAGUUGUCAUCACGACUCCUGACCUAAGCAUCAAAUUCAAAGGCAAUGGGCCCCAAGUCGUGUCUCUGAGCGAAGACUUUCUUAGUAGCCUGACUCAGGAAGAUUCUAUCGUGCCCCAUCGAGCUCAGUCGUGGAACUCACUCUACAUUCCUUUCACAUCGGGAAGUUCGGGCAAGUCGAAGGCGAUUGUUGUUGAGCACAGCAUGUUUGCCUCCAGUGCACUUGCUCACGCCAAGCUUCUCGGCCUUGGAGCACACUCGAGAGUCUUCCAAUUUGCCGCUUAUACAUUUGACGUGAAUUUUGCCGACAUUUUCACUUCAUUGAUUCAAGGAUCCUGCAUUUGCAUUCCAUCAGACUUCGAAAGAUUGAACGACAUCACCGGAGCAAUCAAUCGAAUGGUGGCAAAUUCUGCCGUUCUCACGCCAACUGUCGCCGCAAUGUUCACACCUGACCAAGUUCCAACUUUGAAGACGCUUAUACUCGGAGGAGAGCCAUUGACGCGUGAGAACGUCCAAGUUUGGGCAGAUCGUGUCAGUCUUUUUACCACAUAUGGACCGGCCGAGUGCUGUGUUUACUGCACAGCAUUGCCUCUUCAGUCACCCGAAGAUGAUCCAGCUGUGCUAGGCCAUGCUCUUGGAUCGCUCAACUGGGUGGUCAACCCCUCUGAUCACAACAAGCUUAGUCCCGUUGGCUGCGUCGGAGAGCUAGUGGUUCAAGGUCCCAUAGUUUCUCGCGGCUACCUCAAUGACCAUGAAAAGACCGAAGCCGCAUACAUCUCGAACCCAGCCUGGCUACCCAUUGGGUGUGCGGAAAAGCAUCAGAGGGUAUACAAGACCGGAGAUCUUGUGAGAUACAAUGCAGAUGGCACUACAAGCUUCAUUGGACGCAAAGACACACAAGUCAAGGUUCAUGGACAACGUGUUGAACUUGAAGAGAUCGAAUCCCAUCUUUCCCACAUUCCAGAAAUCAAGCAUGCGCUCAUGGUAGUUCCAGGAUCUGGGCUCUACUCCGGACGACUUGUUUGCGUCUUGUCGCUUCAUGGGGCAAUGCAAACCACUUCAAGCAGAAUCUCGGAUGAGAUUGAACUAAUCGAUGGGCCCUGGAAGGCCGCUGCCGUUGAACUUGUUGCUCGAACUCGCAACGCCUUAGAGCAGAAGCUACCUCGAUACAUGAUUCCGGCGGCCUGGGCAGUUGUGAAAAAAAUUCCUAUGAAUGCCUCCCGUAAAUUGGACCGAAAGCUUCUGAAGUUCUGGCUCGAGGCAAUUGAUGAAAGUACAUACCGUUCCAUUGCCGAUGUGUCAAAUAUCAAAGCUACCAAACAGCCAGCAACGCCCUUGGAGAAAGCAAUUUGCGACACAAUCAGCAUUGUUCUCGCCUUGCCGGUCGAUUCAAUUGGGCUGGAACACAGCUUUUUGGGACUGGGUGGAGAUUCCAUUUCGGCGAUGCAACUGAUGUCGCGUCUUCGCACCACUCACAACGUGCGGCUCAGUGUGCAGGACAUUCUCCGUUAUCGCACAGUAGAGGCUUUGGUCUCGCAUGCACAUACAUCUCAGGACAUGGAGGACGAUGCGCUGGUUUUUGAAGAUAUUACCGGCUGGUUUGACCUCACUCCGAUUCAAAAGAUGUUCUUCCAGAAGCAGCCAAAUGGUCAGAACCAUUUCAAUCAAAGCUUUGCGCUCAAAAUCGCUCGCAAAAACAGCCCAGACCCAGAAGACGGGCAAAAAGACAUUGUUCCAUGGAGCGCGCUCGAGCAAGCAUUGCGGACUUUGAUUGAACGACACCCCAUGUUGCGCUGUCGCUACAGUAAAAAUCAGAAGGACGGCAUGUGGCGGCAGAGAAUCACCACGGAUGCAGCGGAGUCAUUGCUUCUAAUUCCCUCACAGAGGCUCAGCUAUCAUGACCUGGCAGGCACAUUCCGCGGCCUGCAAACUCAGCUGAAUGCAGAGAAGGGACCUUUGGUUGCAGGAAUGAUGUGUCAUGUUGACGCAGACCAAUACCUCUUCCUGACAAUACAUCAUUUGGUAAUUGAUCUCGUAUCGUGGCGUGUCAUACUGGAGGAGCUGGAGGAACUGCUACUACAUGGAGCGAUUCACUCAGAGCCCGGCAUCAGCUACGCGAACUGGGCCAAACUCCAGACCCAAUAUGCUCAAAGUAACCUCUCGCCCGAAGACGUACUGCAAGCAGAUGCUCUGAGUCCUGACUUCGAAUAUUGGGGAAUGGCGAAGCAGCCCAACAUCGUGGCCGAUGCCAUUGAGACAUCGUUUGUGCUCGACAAUGAACGAACUAGCCUGCUCCUAGGAGAGAGCCAAGAGGCACUUGGCACUCAACCUGUCGAAGUGAUGGUAGCAGCCCUUGUUCACUCAUUCCACACGGUUUUCCAAGAUCGGCAGAUUCCAGCAGUUUUCAUGGAGGGCCACGGUCGCGAGUCUUGGAGCCCAGCAAUUGACAUCACGCGCACAGUGGGAUGGUUCACUACAAUGUAUCCGGUCAGCGUGGAAAUUGAAAACAGCGGCGACUGGUUCCAGACUGUGAAAAAGACGAAAGAUGCUCGUCGACGCUUGGCUCACAACGGGUGGUCGUACUUCACAGCCAGGCACCUCAAUCCCGAAGCAUCACAGCUUGUUGAAACCUCCGACAUGGAAAUCCUGUUCAAUUACCUUGGAUUGUACCAGCAAUUUCAGAGGCCGGACUCUUUGUUCCAACCGUCCGGCAUAGCCGGACAAGCUCUUCAGGAUUUCAGCCCCACAAUGGAACGCUAUGCGCUGUUUGAGAUCUCGGCAGCUGUUGAUAAUGGGUGUUUGCAAUUCACAUUUGCGGUUAACAAAUCUAUGCAACAUCAGUCCGACAUCCAGCGUUGGGUGAAAGAAUGCCACCGCGUUUUAGCGGAUGGCAUUGAUCAAUUGACCGAGCACCCCCACGUCGCAACUGUUGGUGACUUCAAUACAAUGCUGGAGACAGCUUCUGGAAUUCGCAGACUAACAGAAGAGAUCCUGCCUGCCGUCAACAUCUCGGAUAUUGGGCAGGUGGAAAGAGUUUCUUCCUGCUCAUCCAUGCAACUUGGCAUCUUGCUCGGCCAAAUGAAAUCACCUGGUGCCUAUCAAUUCUAUACUAUCCAGGAAGCUGAAUGGAGAGGUGAUUCCGAGAUUGAUGCCUCAAUGCUAUUGAAGGCAUGGCAAGAGGUUGUGGACCGACAUGCUGCUUUGAGGACGAUUUUCAUCCGCGAAAGUGACUCCGAUACCCUAUGGGGACAACUUGUCCUGAAACAGACUCGAGCGUCUGUUUAUGAAAUCACAUGUUCCAAUGAAGAUCCGAUCUCGACUUUAAGACAUACCAAACCAAUGAGAACCAUAGAAGGAGUCCCGCAUCACCAACUCACAUUUUGCUGUGGUACUGACGGCCGGCGAUUCUUCAAGCUUGAACUUAGCCAUGCACUGGUUGAUGGUACCUCCACGCAGAUCAUCCUCAAGGACAUCAAACUUGCUUUCGAAGGGCAACUUUGCCAAAUUGCGCCCCCGCUCAGUUACUGUGACUACGUGACUUUUCUUCAACAGCAACGGAAACGUACGUCGCUAGAAUAUUGGAAAUCGUAUUUGCAAGACGUCCAACCAUGUCACUUCCCACUUCUUGAUGAUGGUCGACCCCAAAUUCACCAGUGGGAGACGAUAGUGAUGGAAGUGCCGAAUGUCACCGAAGCUGUUGUCCGCCAAUUCUCCAAUGACUACGGCCUCACAUUUGCCAAUGUUGUGCAAGUUGCCUGGGCAAUUGUUCUGCGAACGUUCACAAAUACUGACUGUGUCACUUACGGGUAUCUGACGUCUGGGCGUGAUGCUCCAUUGGAAGGCAUUGAAAAUGCUGUGGGUGCCUUUAUCAAUAUGUUGGUUUUAAAAGCAGAUCUUUCCAAAUCAACCACUGCGCUGGAGGUUCUCCAAAGGUGCCAAGAUGACUACCUGCGAUGUAUACCUCACCAAUACGUCUCACUUGGUGAAAUCCAACACGCAAUUGGAAUGUCGGGCCAACCUCUUUCCAACCCUCUUUCCAACUCUCUUUCCAAACCUGUUUUCAACACUGCCAUUUCCAUACAAAAGCGAGCUUCCCUUUCUGGAUCAGCGAAACUCUCACUGACUUCCGUCCAUGAAUAUGACCCAUCUGAGUUCGACAUAUCUGUGAACGUACUCUCAAGCGCUCGUCGGACAGAAUUUCAUCUGACCCACCAGACCUCCAGAAUUUCGAGUGGACAAGCACUCAGCAUUGCGAGUGUGUUCCGGACUGUCAUUUCAUCCAUUUUAGCUGCCCCAGAAAAGCUAGUAUCAGAGGUGAACGUGAUGAGCGUGGAAAGCAAGCACCACAUACAACGGUGGACUUCUCAAGUACCGCAGACGAUCAAUUCAUGCAUGCAUCACGUCAUAUCCGAGCAAGCACGAAACACACCAGAUGCCCCUGCUCUUCAUUCCUGGGAAGGAGAUUACACAUAUGCUGAAUUAGAGAGUGCCUCGGAUCUAUUGGCACGAUAUUUGGCUAUUUACGGCAUAAAGCCUGAUGAUUGCAUUCCGCUUUGCUUUGAGAAGUCUCUCUACACUGUAAUUGCAGUGCUCGCUGUUCUCAAAACUGGUGGAGCCUUUGUGCUGCUUGAUCCUAAGCAUCCGGCUGAUCGCACCAAAGGAUUGUUGGAAAACUUCAAUGCACGAUUCAUCAUCGCCUCAGAGGGCACGCGGGAGUACUGUGAAACUUUGGUUGAAGAGGUGGUGACUUUGUCGCCGGCAACCCUUGCUAUGUUGCCCAAUGGCGAUGACAUUGAACUCCCAACAUCAUCUGUGGUGACUCCGCAGAACAUCAUGUAUGUUCAAUUUACUUCUGGCUCGAGCGGAGUACCGAAGGGUGUCGUCAUUGAGCACUCAGCUGCCUGCUCCUCGGUUCAUCACCACGGUUCAGUGAUGGGAUUUGGGCCAAAAACACGAACAUUCCAGUUUUCUUCAUACACCUUUGAUGCUGUCAUUCUCGAGAUCUUCACAACGUUGUAUCAUGGUGGGUGCAUUUGCAUACCUUCCGAUGAUGAUCGAAUGAGCCGCAUGACGGAUUCCAUGCGAUUGAUGAAUGUCAACAUGAUGUUCACGACUCCCACUUUAGCUCAACUAUUCAAACCAGAAGAUGUCCCCAUGUUGAAGACUCUCAUGGUUGGUGGUGAACUCGUUGGGUCCAGCACCACCGACAUCUGGCGAGACAAAGUGAAUCUUAUCGGCGCAUAUGGACCUGCGGAAUGCACCAUCUAUUCCGCCUACAAUCUGCUGAGCACUAACGACUUACGGCCAGAGGUGCUUGGAUACCCCGUUGGCUCAGUGAUCUGGCUUGUAGAUCCCAACAACCAUGAUAAGUUGGUCCCUGUUGGCGCUUUGGGGGAGCUUCUGGUUCAAGGUCCCAUCGUGGGUCGAGGCUAUCUCCACGACGCACAACGCACAGAAGCAAGCUUUCUCUCGAACACCGCCUGGUUAUCGGAUUACGAUGGCAGCAGUCAGCACCGCCUUUACAAGACUGGUGACCUUGGUCGUCAAAACUCGGAUGGAACCAUCACUAUAGUUGGGCGGAAAGACACGCAGUUUAAGGUCAACGGACAGCGGAUUGAGUUCACUGAGAUUGAAUACCACAUCAAAGCUAAUUUCCCUGGGGUCUUGCAAGUUGCUGCUGAUGUGGUGACCCCAACACACCUUGGUGGGCGGCCAUUGCUCUCGGUAUUCAUGAACCUGGGACAAUCUGAGAGCCAUGAUGAGAAUGCAAUUGGCAGUCUUCUACCCAUGACAGAAAGCGCUCGCGCUACGAUGGUCGAGAUUGAAAGUGUUUUGGCUAAAGCUUUGCCGCCGUAUAUGAUCCCCCGACUGUGGCUUCCCAUUUCCCAAAUGCCUCUGUCAGCAUCUGGAAAAACAGAGCGCAAGCUGCUAAGAUCGUGGAGUGCUUCACUUUCAGAAGCGCAAGUCAAUCAAUAUGCUCUGAGCAGUGGAUCUAAAACAGAGCCCUCGACUGAUAUGGAACGCAGCCUCGCCCAGCUCUGGCAAAGAGUACUCAACAUUUCCUCUGUCGGUCGAGGAGAUAGCUUCUUCAGGCUCGGUGGUGACAGUAUUUCUGCCAUGCAGCUUGCCUCGGCGGCACAUAAAGCCGGAGUUCAGCUGUCAGUCGCCGAUAUCUUCAACCAUCCCAGCCUCCUUGAGAUGGCAGCCAAUCUGUCCACUGCACAAACACAGGAGACUAUUGUUGAAUCUGAAGCUGUGGUGCCUUUCGGUCUUUUAACGCCUGGCGUCAACCAUUCCUUGUUUUUGAACUCCGCUGCCGAGAAGGCUGACAUACGAUUGGACUGGAUUCAAGACAUGUAUCCAUGCACGCCGCUCCAAGAGGGAAUGAUGGCGCUUACGACACGGGACCCAGGGUCAUAUGGCUGGCAAGAUGUUCUCUCACUUCCAGCAUCGAUCAACCUGGAUCGAUUCCGUGCGGCAUGGCAGGCUGUAGUCAACGAGCUCGAAAUCAUUCGCACGCGGCUAGUCGAGAUGGAUCAUCACGGCACCUAUCAAGUUGUCAUUAAGCCGCAACAUAGUUCCAUCGAAUGGAGAUAUGUCGACUCUCUGGAAGAGUACCUGAUCCACGACAAGAAACUUCCGUUUAGCUACGGGACACCUCUAUACAGACUUGCCAUCGUACGCCAAGGGUCCAAAGUCUACUGUGUCUCCAGUGCGCAUCAUGCGAUUCUGGAUCGUUGGUCAAUCUCCCUGAUGAUGGAUCGCCUGAAAUCUCACUACUUGUCGCAAAGCCUACCUCCCACGCCGCCGUUCCAAACGUUUAUCAAAUGGAUGUGCUCUCUCGAUCCAGAAGCCUCUGACCGAUACUGGAAGUCGCGUUUUGAAGGGUCGUCUAUUGUAGAAUUCCCUCGCUUACUGGCAGGUCACCGUCCCCGCGCCACGGCAGUUGCAAAACACAUUAUCCCUAAGUCUGCUACCAGGGGUUCUGUCAACAUCACUAUCCCAACGCUCCUCAGAGCGGCAUGGGCUUUUACCAUUGGCCAGCAUACCGGCGCAGAUGAUGUUGUGUUUGGAAUGACUCAAACAGGUCGCAAUGCCCCUGUGGCUGACAUUACGGAUAUCGUGGCACCGCUCAUCACCGUCGUACCUUUCAAGUCCGUGAUAGGGAAGAACCUGUUGGUCUCUGAGCUUCUACAGAACAUCCAUCAGGAUACUGUUGCCAUGAUUCCCCAUGAGCAUUCUGGUCUACAGCAUAUUGCGCAACUCAAUUCACAGUGCCAGGCUGCGUCUAAAUUCCAGAACCUACUUGUCAUUCAGUCUCAGCAGCAUCAACAAGACCAAGCGAAACUUCCGCUAGGUCUCGAACGUCUCGACGUGGUGGAAAACGAUGUUUUAUCCUACGGAAUUAUCCUGGUCUGUGACCUCAUUGAGAGUGGAAUCAUGCUACAGGCCGCUUUUGAUCCAAAGGUGGUAUCCCAUACAAUGAUUGAGACGUUGUUGGCUCAGUUUGGACAUUUCUUCCAGCAACUGGAUGAUCCCAAGAACGCGUUCGUGUCACUAGAAGAUCUUCGGUUGGUUGGUGAGCACGACUUGGGCCAACUGUCGGUUUGGAAUCGUCCACGUAGCGCCGAGCGAGUCGACAAGCGCGCGCACGAUUUGAUACACGAACGCGCACUCGCACAGCCUGAUUCUGUGGCUAUUGACUCGGAAGAUGGCCAAUUCACUUAUGGCCAACUGGAUAAUCUUUCAACCAAGCUCGCACAUCAUCUUCUAGAGUGUCACCAAGUUGGUGCCGAGAAAGUCAUCCCUCUUUUCUUCCGCAAGUCUGCUUUGGCUAUCGUUUCCAUGCUCGCUGUCGCGAAAGCUGGAGGCGCCUUUGUUUUCCUAGAUCCCGCCCAUCCAAUGGAUCGUCUGAUGUUCAUCACUCGGCAAAUAAAGGCGACCUUCAUUCUCACGACCCCAGAUCUGUCAUCCGCGUGGGAUUCGACAGCCUUGAAGUCACUUCCAAUUACCAGGGACUUUGUGGAACAGCUUCCCACGCAACAACAACUACCUGUGACCAAUGUGAUGCCACACAAUGUACUUUAUGUCAUCUUUACAUCCGGGUCCACUGGAACUCCGAAGGGCUGUGUGGUCUCCCAUGCAUCUUUCCUCAGCGGUGCCGUUCAGCACGCCCGACAGAGCAGACUAAGUAGCGACGCUCGGGUCCUACAAAUCGCACCUUACACGUUUGACGUGAGUAUCCUGGAAACACUGACAGGUCUCAUCUCUGGUGCCUGUAUCUGUCUUCCGAGGCCAUUGCAUCAAAAUAUCCCUAUUUCUCAGAUUAUCAAUGAUUUGAGUAUCACAUGGAGCUUCCUUACUCCUUCGGUCGCUCGAACAAUCAGCCCCAAGGACUGCCCUACGCUUCAAACACUCAUUCUCGGCGGAGAGUCACUGUCAAAGGUGGACAUCGAGACAUGGGCCGGACAGGUCCAUCUUUGUAAUGGAUAUGGGCCUAGUGAGUGUGCUGUCGCAUGCACAGCCAAUGUCAACAUCACCGCGGAUACCGAUCCGGCGAAUAUCGGGAGUACGAUGUGCUGCAAUGCGUGGGUAGUGGACUCGGAGAAUCCAGAUCAUCUUUUGCCGAUCGGCGCUAUUGGAGAACUUCUUAUUCAAGGCCCUGUUGUUUGUCGAGGAUAUCUGAACGAGCCAGAGAAGACCGAUGCCGUUUUUAUCCAGCCGCCUGCAUGGCUGGAUCGUUUCGGUCCAGAAUUCAGCUCAGAAAAUCGAUUGUACCUGACUGGAGACUUGGUCAGGUAUAAUGACGAUGGUACUUUGCACUUUAUUGGACGCAAAGACACACAGGUCAAACUCCGCGGUCAGCGAAUUGAGCUGGGUGAGAUUGAACAUCAUGCGUCUGCCUAUCCAUCCAUCAGACAUGUUGCAGUUGAACUACCAAAAUCUGGUAAAUACCGAGAAAGCCUGGUUGCUGUUCUCUCGUUACGUGGGAAAGCUGUUCCCUCAUCUGAUGAGCUAGGUGACGAUCUUGUGCCCAUUUCUGGCGAGCAGCUGGAAGCAGCGCGUCAAUCCAUCCUAGACAUCCGGUCAUACCUAACUCAACAUCUACCACCCUACAUGGUUCCUAGCUCUUUUGUGGUCCUCGAAGGUCUUCCACUGCUGAGUUCAGGCAAGAUCAAUCGCACCAAGAUCAGAACGUGGCUGGGUGACAUGAGUGCAGACAUGCAGGAGCGGGUUUCGGCCCAGCUGGACACGUCGACGUCACACACUGCAUCUCUCAUCCCUGAUGAUCAAACAACUGCUCUUAUCCUAAGCAAAAAGAUCACGCAACUCAUCGCGAAAGAUGAUGAGAAGUAUUCGAUGACCAUCCGCGACCGGGAUAUCGCAUUGGCCCGUGCGGGUCUGAACUCCAUCAGUGCUGUUUCUCUUGCGGCUUUCAUCAAGAAGGAAUUUGAUAUCAGAGUGUCAAUUGACAGCCUGCUAGAAGAGUCAAUGACAGUAUGCGAUGUUGCUCGCAUGAUCGAUUGUUCCGGACUUGAUCCCACUGCUUCUGAAGCACCUUCCGCUCUUGAUUUGUCUGCGGAAAUAGAAAAAGCGCUUGCCUACUUUGAUCAGAAGGCCACACCAGGUCUACUCCACAUAUCCCAGUCUCCGGAAACGCAAAGCAUUGCGACAAUCUUGUUGACUGGUGCUACUGGCUUCUUGGGCAGCCAAAUCCUGAAACACCUACUGGAGCUGCCAGGGAUCAAACGGGUCGUCACCCUUGUGCGUGCACCAGAUAUCAGCCAGGCCACUUCUAGGGUAAUUGAGUCUGCUCAGAAAAGCAAAUGGUGGCGCGAUAGUUACUCAUCGAAACUCGAGGUCUGGAUCGGCGACUUAUCACAGCCUGAUCUGGGGCUAAAACCCGAUCAAUGGCGCUGUAUCGAGGGCCAACCAGAGUCACCCUUUUCUGUCGACGCCAUUGUUCAUAAUGGCGCCACCGUCCAUUGGGGAUAUGACUAUCAAGGUCUUGAGGCCGUCAACGUCACGAGCACCGUAUCUCUCCUAGCCUCCCUCACCCGCUCGCCGCAACCACCACGUUUCACCUUCAUUUCGGGAGGCCAGCUGUUCUUGGGUGAUGAAAAUGACAACUCCCAAGUGGAGGCAUAUGCCCAGAUGAUGAGAACGGCCGGUGGAUAUGCGCAGACCAAAUACGUAGCCGAAGAGGCUGUGAAAGAGUUUGCUCGAAGAUACACCACAUCCAUUGCAUCCAUUGUCAAGCCCGGAUUGAUUGUUGGAACCGCAGAUUCUGGAGUCUCAAACACGGAUGACUUUUUGUGGCGAGUUGUGGCGAGUGUGAUUGAAACGGGAGCUUUCAAUAGCACAGGACUAGAUGGCAUAAUCCUUGUCUCUGGUGCCCAUCAAGUUUCUACUGCCAUUUUGGGAGAUGUUCUCCAUCCCAAGCCGCCCGGACAUCGCGUGGAGACGACGAUUCGAUAUGGUAUCCCUGUCGGGGAGUUGUGGGAGAUGUUGCGAGACGAGUUUGGGUAUCAGCUUGAAGCAGCUGAUGCCACAGAAUGGCUGUCCCGGUUAAGAGCGCAAGUGGAGAGGAAUGGUGAGAAGCACCCCUUGUGGCCAGUCUUCCAUCUCUUAGAGGCCACUGGUGGGUCUUUGGGCGUUCCUUUGCCGGCCGAUCUGCGGCAGGAUGAGCACAAUGAUGAGGUGAAAGCUUCUCUUAGGAGAAGCAUCGUCUACUUGAGGGAAAUUGGGUAUCUACCAAACGCCGAUGCUACCGGUGAUCAUUCCUCAAUGCAAAAGGACCUUGUUUUCGCCCGCGCCGGUGGAAGGUCCCGCACAUAA